GACGACUCCUGAAGAGGCGUGAGCGCAUCGAAACUUGCCAAAUUAAUCUACUGGAACCUUACGUGUUUAAAAUAAAGGUAAUCUAGAACAAGUGCAUCAUGAGUCCGUUGCAAGUAAGCGAAGUACAUUUCUAUCCCAAAGAAAACGCAAAAACCCAUAACACUAACAAGUACGAUGUAGUAAACGAAGAAGAUCCAAAAACCACAAUAGUCCGUCGCGGGCAGCCGUUCAAGGGCAUGGUGCGUUUCAACCGGCCCUAUGACGAAACCAAGGACUUGGUACAGCUUGUGUUCUCUCUUGGUAAAAGAGUACACAUGGAAACCCAAGGAACCAUGUACAUUCGCCCCGACGCUGUGCAGGACAAACACACGUGGACAGCCAAACUGACAGCAUCCAAGGAGAAUACUCUUUCCUUUGAAGUAACAACUCCAGUCACUGUUCCUGUGGGAAACUGGGCACUCCAGGUAGUCACUAGACUAAAGAGCACGUCACAAAGGAUGGUAUACAAAUACGAACAAGACCUCUACAUCCUCUUCAACCCAUGGAAUCAAGAUGACCAGACUUACAUGGAGGACAGCAAGCUCCUCAAAGAAUACGUACUGCAGGACGUCGGCAAGGUGUGGCAGGGGCGCUUCAGCAAGCCCUGGGCGUUCGGCCAGUUCGAUGAUGUAGUCCUGCCAGCCUGCAUGUACAUGCUAGAAAGAGCUAAUAUGCCCUUCCACCAUCGUGGAGACCCAAUCAAAAUGUCCCGUAUCAUCUCCCGGAUCGUAAAUGUAAAUGACGACGGCGGCGUGGUUAUUGGCCGCUGGUAUGGAGAAUACAAAGAUGGGACAGCACCUUGGGAUUGGACGGGCUCCGUGGACAUCCUCAGCCAGUACCUGAAGACCAAGCGCUCCGUGGCUUACGGACAAUGCUGGGUGUUUGCGUGCGUACUUAACACUGUUUGCCGCGCUCUUGGUUUGCCAUCUCGCGUGGUGACCAAUCUUUCAUCAGCUCAUGACGGUGACAAGUCCUUAAGCAUAGACAAUUACUUCUCGGAAGACAUGAAGGAACUACCAGACAUGUCGCCCGACUCCAUCUGGAACUACCAUGUCUGGAAUGACGUUUGGAUGGCGCGCCCUGACUUGCCCGCAGGCUUCGGCGGGUGGCAAGCUGUAGACGCGACUCCUCAGGAGCUCUCCCAGGGCAUGCACCAAUGCGGGCCAGCGCCUGUGAUAGCCGUCAAAAAAGGAGAAAUCGGAUUUAAUUAUGACGUAGACUUCCUAUUAUCAACAGUCAACGCUGACGUAUUGCAUUGGAGAAAGGACGAUAAUGCAGAGCUGGGAUACUCCGUAGUUGGUUCGGAUAAGUACAAGGUCGGCCGUCAGAUCCUCACUAAGAAGCCAUUUGUCUUUGACCCUUAUGGUGACAAAGAUGUAGAGGACAUCACACAUCAGUACAAAUACAAAGAGGGCACCAAUUCAGAGCGGAUAGCACUGAUGAACGGUGUACGUCAAUCUGAGAAGGCCAGGAGGUAUUACGACGUACUGAAGACGAUGAAUAAUGACGUCAAGUUCUCGCUGAGGGACAUCGAGACAGUGACCAUCGGCAAUGACUUCAGCGUCGCUGUUGACAUCGAGAACACUUCUGAUAAAGGCCACAACGUCAAGGCCUCGUUGUCAGCAAUCAGCGUGUACUACAAUGGCGUAAGAGCUAAUGUAGUGAAGGAAGUAGAACAAAACAUCUUCGUAGGCCCGCACAAAAAAGAAACUAUGAGCGUUUCGGUGACAUACGGAGAAUAUUUACCAAAGUUGGUAGAGCACUGUAACAUGAAGAUAUCUGCGAUGGCGAUGGUUGAGGCAACCAAGCAGGCGUGGGCAGAUGCCGAUGACUUCCAAAUCCUCAAACCUAAAAUUGACUUUAAGGUCAACAACAAACUAGUCCUGAACCAACCUUCACCAGUGGUGUUGUCCUUCAAAAACCCUCUGGACCGCCCUCUUACUGGUUGCGAAUUUCGACUGACGUCAUCAGGCGUCGUUGGCAGGACGAUGCAUCUGCCCGCUGCCAACGUGGAGGCACAUGGAAUGGUUCAUGCUGAGCUAAAGUUAAUGCCUAAAAAACUGGGCAAAGUCGAGUUUGUGGCGACGUUCAAGUCGGUCCAGCUCACCGACGUUCAUGGAGCUGCCAGUGUAGAAGUCUUGCCAAAAUAAUCAUGAAGAUACACGGCUCGUGCAAUUUUAAAACUUGCGAAAUCACUUAGAUAACAGGCUUAAGUAUAUUAUCAUUUAAAAAAUAUAUAAAAACAACGUUGAAAAUGUAACAAUGUGCCAUACUUACCUUUUAAGUUGUGUUAAAAUACAAUGGUAGCUUUAUUUCUAGACAAAGUAAAUGUUUUAUCUCAAAAUAUUUUUGUUUAUAUGGAUAUUUUUGUAAGACUUUAAACUUUAUAAUAAAUGAUAAAUUAUUAUA